AUGGGUGGCACAGACACCGGGAAUCCUGAGGGGAAACGGGCCAUGGGUCGCACGGACACCGGGAAUCCUGAGGGGAAACCGGCCAUAGGGGGCACAGACACCGGGAAUCCUGAGGGGAAACCGGCCAUGGGUGGCACAGACACCGGGAAUCCUGAGGGGAAACCGGCCCGGGAUGGCAUGGACACCGUGAAUCCUGAGGGGGAACCCGGCCGGGGUGGCACAGACACCGGGAAUCCUGCGGGGAAACCGGCCAUGGGUGGUACAGACACCGGGAAUCCUGAGGGGAAACCGGCUAUGGGUGGCACGGACACCGGGAAUCCUGAGGGGAAACCGGCCAUGGGUGGCACAGACACCGGGAAUCCUGAGGGGAAACCGGCCAUGGGUGGCACAGACACCGGGAAUCCUGAGGGGAAACCGGUCAUGGGUGGCACAGACACGGGGAAUCCUGAGGGGAACCCUGCCCGGGUUUGCACGGACACCGGGAAUCCUGAGGGGAAAACGGCCCGGGGUGGCACGGACACCGGGAAUCCUGAAGGGAAACCGGCUAUGGGUGGUACAGAUACCGGGAAUCCUGAGGAGAAACCCACCCGGGAUGGCACGGACACCGGGAAUCCUGCGGGGAAACCGGCCAUGGGUGACACAGACACCGGGAAUCCUGCGGGGAAACCAGUCCAGCUGCGCACACACACGCCU